UGUUCGCACGGGGAACAUCGCUCGCGCGUCUUUAUCAAGACUCAUUCCGGCGAGUCCUCGGAUUUUUUAUUAUCAUCGAAAAUAUUCGUGGUGUAAGAUUCCGCUUUCGCGGAUAGUGAGAGGAGAAUCGGUUCCUUACGCCCGGGCCUAACCACGUCCAUCUAAAUGAGAGCCCCUCGCGGAUAGUACAAAAAUAUUCGGGUCCUCUUCUUUCCCAUCCUUUCCUCUUCCGCAUCCGUUCCUCCUUUCUUUAUUCCUUUGUUUACCUGUCCCUCACGCAAAUCGCGAUUAUAUGAUCCGCGAUCGUUUCGUAAUUAUCCGGAGAAUGGACAUGGCCGACCGUUUCUGGAGACUGGCCCUGUGCUGGAUAUGCAUCGUCGGGCUCGCAGCCGCCAAUGUGCAAAGCAAAGUAAGAUGUACCAAGCAAUUGAUGGAGGUGGAUAUAGUGAGGAGUAGUCCGCAGGCGAAGAUAUAUCUCCAACAAUUCAAACAUUUUCCGGACGAGGCUUGUAAGCCGCAGUUUCACGAUGGCGUAGCGACAUUUAAAUUAUCCCUGCUGGAACAGGAUAUGUUACGGUGUGGCAUCACAAGAGUCGUCAACAAAGUCACGGGUCAAAAGAUGUACUAUCAUCGAGUUAUAGUAGAGGAGCCUGCGGAUUCCAGCAAACACACGUUCACGGUGAAAUGUGUAAUCACCGAAGUUGUCGUGGAGCCAGAAAUCGCCGUCGUGGCCAAUCACACGGCGGUACGGCGGAGUGUUCUUCCGGCGGGCUUUCAGGAACCUGAAGUGAUCGAUAUACGUGAGGAAAUUUCGGGAGCGGCACCUGUUCCUAUCCUCGGCGUCGGAGUGAGGCAGGGUGGAGUUUUGGUGACCGGAGAGCUCAAUGUCAGUCCUGGUACGCCGCUACAGAUGGAAAUAUUUUUGGACAACGAUUCAGCGCCGAUCUACGGUCUGCUGGUGACUUACAUGUUAGUCACCGAUACCAAGACGCAAGAGGAAACGAUUAUUAUUAACGGGUGCUCCGUCGACCCUUAUUUGUUUGAAAAUUUCAACACUGUGGACGGUGACUUCCUGACAGCAAAAUUCCGAGCCUUCAAGUUCCCGGAAAGCACCUACGUUCAGUUCCGCGGUACUGUUAAUGUCUGCUUGGAUAAGUGUCCUGGGAUUGAAUGCAGCAACGGUCAAGUCGGUUUCGGCAGAAAAAGGCGAUCUAUUGAGAUGUCCAGCACCGACAAGAAUAAAUUGUUCGAGGUAACCAUGUCGACGUUCAUCAAGGUCGAUUCCGUGGAUGACAUCAUGAUUGAUCCAGUAUUUUCGGGAUUCAUCAGAAAGGGAAAGAACAGAACGCACACGAAAGAGAGGGCAGUGAUCGCCGAAGAAGUCAGGGAGCAGUCCGACCCGACGACAAUUAGAACGCACGAAAGAGCGUUCCUCGCAGAGGAAAUAAAGGAACAAUUUAAAUAUAAAGUCACCGAAAUGGUACUCAAUGGUUCCUCGUGUAAUACAUUGAGCUUGUCUCUCCUUUUGGUUUUUCUUUGCUUUUACAAACUCCUGUAGAGAAUGAGAUUUAUGUUUCCUGACAAAUAAUUGCUAACUGUAAAUAAAACGCAGUCUGCGAUAUAUAAAAACGUGAAGAAAAAUGAGAAAUGUCGCUUUUGGAAAUGAUAGUUAACUUGCUCAUUAAUAAUAUCGAGAGAUUUCGAUCAUAAUCGCAGAUUACUAAUUAUAUAGUGAUCGCAAUAGACUGUAUAUAAUCAAAAUAUGUCUAUAUGUGUUUAGAAGAGCAAUGAGAAUGAAAUUUGAUUGACGUUCCAAGCGCAAUAAUUUUCUCAAGAGGAAACUUGUGUCUUUAAUGUAAAAAACUGCCGUCCAUAUUAAAAUAUCUUUAUGCGUGAUACUAAAGUAUAUUUAACGAGAAUCAAAUGUACUAGGCAAUGAAUUCGAUAAAAUGAAAUUAUCGAAUUUAAAAUUCAAAGAAAGCUUAAAAAAUGAAUUAAUGACGCUAACAUAAUAAACAGUAACGUAUGAUUUCUCCGCUCUGCGACCGCCGAAUUUUCAAUCACGACGUAUAUCAAUUUUUAGUUUUAUUAUACCUUUUUAAUUAUGUAUCGUAAGUAACUGCUGUAUCUCUUGAUUGAGUAACUGCCAAAAGAAAAUUGGCCUUUGCGAGCGGAGAAAGACGAAGACCUAGUCGUGCGACGAGGUGUAAUAUUAAAAUGCGACUUAAUUAAUUACUAAGUAAUUAUUAAUUGCGUAUUUGUAAUCUCAGUGUAAUUAUUACGUUAAAUAAAUACAUAAAUCGAU